GAGGGCGCUUCAGAGACAUUGAUGAGAGUCGCGCUAUCCCUAAUGAGGAAGAACGAGGCACGCCUAUUGGCUUGCACUGAGAUGGAAGACGUGAUGCAGCUUCUUUUAUCUCGUGGCCUUUGGGAUUGCUACCAUUACAACGCCGAUGAAUUUGUCCAGGACUUUGUCGGGCUGUCAGGUGCUGUCACCGCCGAAAACAUGCAGCAGCUCGAACAAAGCUAUCGAGACUCCAAAGCAGCAGCUACCAACCCUGUGAGAGGGUCCGAGAUCGCCAACGCAGCUAGUCGUUUCCUGGGUCGCAUAUGGGCUUCAUCAAACAACAAAUCCUCAAACCUUAGCCCUGGUACUAGCGCACCCGCACGACCCUCAAGUAUACUGCGACGCACUGCAUCAAAGCAGAGCCUCGCAUCAACAUUAAAUUCAAUGGAGGCCAGCUCAGCAAGCGUAACAAGUUCGACUUCGACAGAUGCUACUACCAUGUCUAGAGAUUCUUCCAACACCGAAGACAGACGCGAUUCCACGCCAGUCGGCAACAAGACAAUAACCAUCCACAAGAACACGGACGAACGAAACCUGCAUAGUCAGAUCGAAGAUCUCUUGACUGCUCUGAGCGAGCUACAGCGCAACCACUCGUUGCUAUCGAACCAGCUACAGCGAGAACGUGAAGACCGACAGGAGGAUCAGAAAGCGGUCCAGUCCCUCCUGAAUGGAUUAAGACAGAAGGCAGACUCGACGUCGUCUCGAUCGAGUAGCCCGCAGGUCACCGUAUCGCCCAACAAGGAGGAUAGUCCAGUUGACGAAACGGACGAAUCUACAACACCAAGCCCCAAGGAAACCGUCGAGUCCAGUGAAGACGAAUCUCCCACAGAAGAGCCCAAACCGGCCGAAGAUCUGGAGAGCUUACUCAAAAAUGUCGAACAGCGGUUCCAGAUCGAUGAAGACAAACAUCGGUCGUCGUCGCUUGUUUCAAAAUCACAACUGCAGGACGAGUUAAACCACGCCAAGAACCAGCUCAUUGCUGCCCUUUCGCAAUCACAAGAGUACAAACGUCAGAUCUUGGAUCUAAACCACGAGAUGUCGGGCGUGAAGGAGCAAUUGCGGGAGAGCCAUGCACAUGUUAGAUCGCUUCAUCAGGACAAGCAAAGACUCGAAAAGCAGAUACACGGGUUGAAGUCUAGAGUAUCGUCAGCCAGCUCAGCGCACGAGACAACUAAGGAAGUCGAGGUGGACAGAAGCAGCAAGAGUGGAGGCGGCCUUCGAGAGUUCAAGCUUAAUCGCAGCAAGACCACACCCCCGCAGCCUCAUCCUUUUCGACAUCAGCACCAGCAUCAGCACGAGCAUGAACCAGAAGUCACGAGCAAGUUCAACAAGCGACUGUCAUCUUUGCCUCGAGGUCACGAAACAAGCGUGCCAACGGUGACCACGACAGGUCCAGCGCCGUCUCAGAGUGAGCAUGAAUCAUUACUUGCUGAGCUGGUACAGGCCAAAACGGCAGAGGCAGUAGCCAAACAAGAAGCUGAGGAAGCUCGGCAGAAGCUGGAGUCGAUACGGAAAUCACAUGGUUUGAGCCGAUCGGUAUCAGGUCAUAGUUCGUCGGCGUCGCAAUCCGGUCCUGGGGGAGUCUUCGGAUUACUUACUGGUCACGGGGCUUCCGCUGUGAACGAUGUUGCAAUGAAGCCCGCAUCUGCAAAUGCUGGGUCCCCGGGAUCAGGAGGAAGUUUCUGGGGUUGGCGAAGGUAAAGAAAGGCGUUUGGUAUUGGGUUACCAUUGGGUCAUAUUCGUGGAAGGGUUACACAAAACUGACUCGAUGUGGAAGUCGUUGAUUCUUUGUACAUAUUUGGGAAGCAUGCGUCGUUGCAACUGUGGAGUAUUUGUUGGGACGCCACAGCGAGAAGCUCUGAGACUUUGCUAUUUUGUGCCGGGCUGGAUGUGCCUUUGCCCCUCAUGGUGUUUCUUCCUUGUUUUCAUGCGUGCCACAAAGAGCACUAUCAUUGUCGUCAUAUGUUAGGGCGUUUGUCUACUUAGCACGGGAGUUGGUGUCAAAAGGUGUGCUCAUUUGGCAGCUUCUGUGGUGAUUUCUGAGAAUGCUGCACAAUCGCGGAUUGAUAGAUAUCUAAGUCUAUGUAAUGGAAAAUACAUUUUGUAUUUUUA